CCGCACUGACACCGACAACCUUCACUUCACUUUCACACUCGUCUGACCCCUCUCACUCGGACCCCCGCCGGCCGCCGCGCUACACCCAUGCUUUGCCCUCCUCCUGAGAUGCGAUACCACUGCACAAUUUCCCGGAGAAUAUCUUCAUCUUCAGUUGCUCCUCGCUGAUAGAGAGCAUGCCCGACACGGGGUCGGCGGGGGCCGCCAGUGCUGCGACCACCGCCGGCGACGGCCCCGAGAGCUCCCGGCACCGACACCGAGCCCAGCAGGGAGACGCGGAGAGGCCGGAGCCGGGCGCUGCCCCGCCGCAAGCCUCCUCCGGUGUACUGGAUAAGUUGUUUGGAAAGCGGCUGCUGCAGGCUGGGAGACACAUCAUGUCUCAUAAGUCUUGGAUGAAAACGGUGCCCACAGAGAACUGUGAUGUGCUCAUGACAUUUGCAGACACUACAGAUGACCACACGUUGCUAUGGCUACUGAACCACAUCCGGCUGGGAAUCCCAGAACUCAUCAUCCAAAUCCGACAUCAUAAGCACACACGUGUCUACGCAUUCUUCGUCACCGCCACAUAUGAAAAUUUGUUGCGAGGUGCUGAGGAGAUGGGAUUGAGGAAAGCAGUGAAGCCUGAGUUUGGAGGAGGAACACGGAGCUUCUCCUGUGAGGAAGACUACAUCUAUGAGAACAUUGAGAGUGAGCUGUGCUUCUUCACCUCACAGGAGAGACAGAGCAUCAUUAAAUAUUGGCUGGACAAUCUACGUGCCAAACAUGGGGAAGUGCUUCAUAAUAUCAACUUCCUGGAGGGCCAGCCAAUCAUCCCGGAGCUGAGUGCACGAGGUGUGAUCCAGCAGAUGUUUCCUCUCCAUGAGCAGAGGAUCCUGAGUCAGCUGAUGAAGUCUUGGGUCCAGGCUGUUUGUGAGAAACAACCUUUAGAUGAUAUCUGUGACUACUUUGGGGUGAAGAUUGCCAUGUAUUUCGCCUGGCUGGGUUUUUACACCACUUCAAUGUUAUAUCCUGCUGUCAUUGGUUUUGUGCUGUGGAUGCUAACCGAGUCAGAUCAGACAAGCCGUGACAUCUGCUGUGUGGUGUUUGCACUAUUCAAUGUGGUGUGGGCCACUCUGUUUCUGGAACGAUGGAAGAGGAGGGGCGCUGAGCUGGCGUACAAAUGGGGGACACUGGACACGCCUUCUGAAUCCCUGGAGGAACCACGGCCUCAGUUUAGGGGAGUCAAGCGCUGCAGUCCUAUAACAGGAUGUGAGGAGUUCUACUAUCCUCCAUGGCGGAGACGUGUGUUCAGGUGGCUGGUCAGCCUGCCCAUCUGUAUCCUCUGUCUCUGUUUCGUCUUCCUGGUCAUGCUCAUCUGUUUUGAGCUGCAGGAGUUUGUGAUGGGGAUCAAGGAAAUGCCUCGGCUAGCUCGCUUCAUCCCCAAAAUCAUGCUAGCUAUCACUGUGACCGCAUGUGACGAGGUGUACAGAAAAAUUGCCUGCUGGCUCAAUGACAUGGAAAACUAUAGACUCCAGAGUGCCUAUGAGAAAAAUCUCAUCAUCAAAAUGGUUCUUUUUCAGUUUGUAAAUUCUUAUCUCAGCCUUUUUUACAUUGGAUUCUACCUCAAAGACAUGGAGCGGCUGAAAGAGAUGCUGGCCACUCUUCUCAUUAUACGCCAGUUCCUUCAAAAUGUGAAGGAAGUGCUGCAGCCUUACCUGUAUGAGCGCCACAAGCUGGGGGAGCUUACACUGCGAGCUGUGUGGGAUCUGCUGCUCUCAGUGUUGAUGAAAUAUGCCCGGCUGGCAGCUGGAAAAGCCCAGGCUUCUCCCACUGACCAGACCAUGCCAGGACCUGGCCUGAGGGGCACCAGGCCUGGGGUGGGGCAGACAGACAGAAGAGAAAAAAAGUGUUUGAAUGGGGGAUGCGGGGUGCCUGAUGAAGAGGAAGGACGUGAGAGGGACGAGGCUGACAGCGGGAGGUUCAGUGAAGGAGAGACGGAGGAGGAAAGUCUGAUUGACUGCGGUUUGAAAUUGAGGAAAGUCAGCUUCAUAGAGAAGGUGGACAAAAGGCAAGCCUGCAGUGUGCCACCCAUUGAGAACAGUUUCCUGGAGGAGGGGAGCCCCACUAUGGUGGAAAAAGGAAUGGACCCUGCCUCUGUGUUUGAGAUGUGUGAUGACGACGAUGAUAAUGGCAUCCAUGAUGUGAAAGAGUCAGGUGGGGCAGGGACAGGUGCGGCAGAAGGAAGUAAUGCUGCUGCUGCUUCUGCUGGUGCUGGUGCUGGUGCUGGUGCAGCUGCGGCUGCGGCUAGUGCCAGUGGCACCCAGCUACCCUCUGGGGCUGAGAGCAGCACGUCAUUGCGGCACAGAAGAAGAGGCAGGAGUAUAGAGAGGCCUGAACCUAAAACGAAAAGGGAUUCAUGGAUUGACCCCCCUGAGGAGAAAGAGAGCACCACACUCACCCAGGGAGAGAUAGAGAGCUGCAUGCAGACUUAUGAGGACACUUUCCAGGACUACCAAGAGAUGUUUGUUCAGUUUGGCUACGUGGUGCUCUUCUCCUCUGCUUUUCCCCUGGCUGCCAUGUGCGCUCUCAUCAACAACAUCAUUGAGAUCCGCAGUGAUGCCUUUAAGCUUUGCACUGGUCUGCAGAGGCCCUUUGGACUCAGAGUGGAGAGCAUCGGCCAGUGGCAGACUGCAAUGGAAGCCAUGGGUCUGAUUGCAAUCAUAGUGAACUGCUACCUGAUUGGUCAGUGUGGUCAGCUGCAGCGUCUCUUCCCGUGGCUCAGCCCUGAGAUGGCCAUCAUCUCAAUCGUCAUCCUCGAGCAUUUUGCAAUCCUCCUGAAGUAUGUCAUCCAUGUGGCCAUUCCCGACAUUCCUACUUGGGUUCGAGAGGAGAUGGCUAAACUGGAUUAUCAGCGCAGGGAGGCCUUUAAGAAGCAUGAGCGGCAGGCGCAGCAGCAUUACCAGCAGCUGCAGAGGAGGAAGAGGGAGGAGGAGGAGAGGCAGAGGCAGGCGGAGCAUAUGGCCCGCAGGGAAAGGGAGCGGGAGGACGGCAAAGGCGACUCCUCUGGGGAUCACCACCACGACAAAAGUCACAGCAGCAAGUCACGCCCCGGUGGUGGAGGCGGGGGCGGCGGGUCAGACAAGCCCAAGAGGCCCAGCUCUCUGUUGGCCAACAAUAAUGUGAUGAAGCUGAAACAGAUCAUCCCGCUCCAGAGUAAGUUCUCCUCGAGUGGUGCCCGCUCCCCUCAGUCACCCACCGGCAGUGAGCCAAAGCUGCCCGGGUUCCUGAGCUUCAAAUUCCUCAAGUCACCUGAGAAUAAGAAGGAAUGUGCUGCGGCUUCGUCGUCUGCCGCCACAGCCACAAAUGCCACAGCGACAGCAUCAUCAUCAUCCUCAUCAUCAGGUAGCAGCUCUCAGGAGCGUUCUCAGUCACCCAGCAAAGCCUUCAACCCUGGGAAACUGUUUAAUUUUGGGAAAUCUGAGGGAGGGACAUGUGUGAAUGGGGCUCCGCUGCCCAGGUCUGGGGAAGGAUCAUCAUCACAGACGUCAGAUAGACAAGUUUCCAGGUCUGAUUUGAACGGCGUACCGGACGAGAUCCCCUCUCCUGGAGGGGAAGGGUCCGAAAAUGGACAUUCAACAGACUUGGACCCGGUUGGUCCGAAAGUCUAGUAGCUCCAGAUUGAACAAACUUGUCUUUGGUUACAUCUCAACUGAAGAAAUGAUGUGUUUACUGUGAGGAAAGGCCUAACCUUCCUUCUGUGCUGUCACAGGCCAUGUGUCGAAGUACUUGAAGCAGAGAAAUGAAAAGUUGAAAAUGAUGAGAGGUGACUGUUGAUUUGGUUUGCUUUUUCGCUGAGAGACAAAAAAAAAAAAAAAACAGGCUUCUUAAGAAAGACGUAACCCUCCUACCAUGACAGAAAAAACACACACACACACACACUCCCUUACACACACAAACAUACGAAUCCUUCCUUGUCUGCAAUACAUAAAGAAAUGCAUGAGCUGCGUUUCUAAUGUUUUUAAGCCUUUAAAGCAAAGAGCUGUGUUUCUUGAUUUCUUCUAGUCAGAAAUUGUAAGCAUCUUGGUGGCCUCCCACUAGGACGUAACAGUCUGUCGUGGAGGAAAAAGAUUUAAAAAAAGAAAAGGAAAAAAAAAAGUAUACAGUGGUAUGAAAGGAUCACCGAUUGUACAUCAAAUAACUACUGAGGAUGUUUUUAGCCAUCACAACACAAGUGAUUUAUUAGAUAACGGUCUCAUUUUUAACUGUGAAGAAUUCUUGGGCCCUUCACUUUUAUAUUGAAGUGGAAAAAUGGAAAAGCAAUAUCAAUCAGUGUUUUAAUUAUAAAUAGUACUUCAAUUCUUAUCAAUCAUCACAUAAACCCUCCCCUUAAUAAGCAUCCCUGAUAUAUCACCAGCUUUAUUUUCAAAGCAGAGGUGAUGAUGUCUGAGCUUUGUACACUUCUUCCCAUCCUGUGGCAGUAUCAGAUCUGUUUGAAAAGAAAGUAAAGAGCUUAGUAAGUCAAGCUGUCACAUACCAGUAUUUUUCCCAAGAGAAAAGGCAAAAAAACAAACAAACAAAAAAAAUAAAAAAUAAAAAUGCAGAAGUAGACGCAGGUAAUUUGUGAGAAAAUGGAGCAUGGAAGCCUGUUGCUUGCUGUUCCCCCCGUCCGAGCUUGUAGACCGCCUUGUAAACACAGAUGGUGCUCCAUUCCACGAGCGCAGAGUUGAAGAAGAUACAUUUGCACUAAACCCUUACACCCUGCAUAGAAACGUAUCUCUCUCUGCAGGAGAGAGGGCCGACACCAGCCUGCCUCAUAACAUUAUGCAAAAGCUGGAUUGUUCCGAUUUCCUCCUUUCACACACAGAACAUGCUAUCUACUCACCUGUCCCUGCCCUCAGCAACAAAGGGAUUUUCCUAAAUAAUUCAGAUUAGGCUUCUUUUCUUUUC